AUGUCUUCAUCAGCUUCUUCAGGUGUGAGCGAUAGGUUCUCUGUGAGAGGAAGAGGGAUCCCAAGACAAUGUAAAUGUGGUCAAUUCUCUGUGAUUAAGACUUCAAACACUUUGAAAAAUCCGGGGAGACUCUUUCAUUGUUGUCCAAACGGAUCAGAGGAGAAUAAGCAUCAUUUGUUUAAGUGGACCGACAUAUCCAUGGUCGAAGAGAUGGAAAUGGUUGAAAGUGUGGUUGAGAAGAUAGAAGGAGAUGUGGGAAGCUUAGCAAAAGGAUUACAUGAGCUUGAAGCUAUCAAAGAAAGGGCACAAAGAUGUGAGAAAGAGAUUGUAUAUCUCAAAGAUGUCGUCAGUUUGUGUGAGAAAGAGGUACAAGAGUUACGAAGCUUCAAAAAUAUGGUUGUGUGUGGUGGUUUGGUCAUGGCUAUAGUGUACUAUGUCUUCUUUGCAUAA